UCAUGUUCCUAGAUAACCAACUCAAGUUGACAAACCCAACACAAAUGGGAACGGAUCCACCGAAAUAGAAGAACGGGGAAAAUUGUGACUUCAAAGACUUGAAUACCAACAGCCUCGACAUAGAGAGAGAGAGAGGAGGAGGAGGAGGAGGAGGAGAAAAUGUCGAGACGAAGAUUGCUUGUGUUGCUGAAGCCCGGGAACAUCUAUCAACCCAGGUGUUCGGAUGGCGUUUCUCGGGUUAGAAACCCUCAGAACUGGUGAGCAGAAAAAGAGAAAACCCAUGUGAAGAUGUUUCCCUUGAGUGCCUUGGUCUCACUCAAUAGACACUAAACUGGAGAUAUUGUCAGACCCUAUAUGCUCUUGGAGAAAUUGAUGAUGUGAAAAAAGAUUCUAGGUUACUUGGAGAGCAGGUGUAAGGUUCACAUGGAUGCAAUCAAAUUUUGUCAAGAUAUUUUGCGGCGAAAGGCGGUUGACUGGGAGCCUGUUUUGCGGAGUGAUCUAGUGCAACCUAUCCGCAAUGUGGACCUGGUUGUCACUAUUGGUGGUGAUGGCACUCUUUUGCAGGCAAGUCACUUCAUGGAUGACUCGAUUCCAGUUCUAGGAGUGAACUCUGAUCCCACACAAGUCAAGGAGGUGGAAGAGUUCAGUAAUGAGUUUGAUGCUACCAGGAGCACUGGCUAUCUCUGUGCAGCAACUGCUGAAAACUUUGAACAAGUGUUGGAUGACAUUCUCGAGGGUCACAUGGUUCCUUGUAAAUUAACAAGGAUAGCAAUACGUGUAAACAGUCAAUUGCUGUCAACCUAUGCUCUCAAUGACGUUCUUAUUGCACACCCAUGUCCAGCCACAGUUUCAUGGUUCUCAUUUAGAAUCAAAGGUGAUGGCCAGUUAUGCCACCCUCUUGUGAACUGUCGAUCAAGUGGGCUCAGAGUCUGCACUGCUGCUGGGUCUACAGCUGCAAUGCUCUCAGCAGGAGGAUUUACAAUGCCCAGUUCCAGUCGGGAACUCCAGUUUAUGGUAAGGGAACCCGUUUCACCUGGAGCAGCUAAGUCUAAGAUGCAUGGGUUUAUUAAAUCUGAUCAAUCCAUGGAUACGAACUGGUACAGUAAAGAAGGUAUGAUAUAUGUUGAUGGUUCUCAUAUGUCACAUUCUAUUCAACAUGGAGAUACCAUUGAAAUAUCAUCGAAGGCCCCAAUCUUGAAAGCUUUUUUGCCCUCCCACUUGAUAUCAGAGUAAGUUAAUUUAUGCCUAUUUGUCAAGCCAUAUUUUUCUAGCCAUAUGUUUCUAGGAAUAUCUUCAGAGGCUCCAAUCUUGAAAGUUUUUUGGCCCUCCCACUAUAUAUCAGAGUAAGCUAAUUUAUGUCCAUUUGUCAAGCCAUAUGUUUCUAGAGAGAUAGUAAAAUCACGAGCAGUUUAGCAAGGAAAUUGUAAAUGUACAGUUGAAAUUUUGAUCUAGUGGCAUAUAUGCAAGGGUUGACUUUAUUUUUUUA